AUGUUAAACGUAAGCAGUUACGGAAUAGGCAGUGGUCCAGGUGGAAGUGGUAGUUGGUCAACUCGAGGUGUUGGUGGUAUCAGCGGUGAUUCCUAUCAGCAAAGCAACGGAAUUUUCGGCUCCCAUCGCCAACAGGAAAGAUACGACUCUUAUCCAUCAGGUGGUGGACUUUUUGGCGGUACAAGUUGUAGUUGCUCAUCAGGAUACGGUGGGCUGUUUGGCAAGAAAUGA